AUGACCUCCCCUACCAACAACCCGCCAAGUGCUGGCCCCAGGAUCCAAGAUCAGUUCCCUGAAGCCAUCAUUAAGCCUAUCCCCGCUGCAACUGAACAUCCUUUCUACAACUAUGAUGGAUUCAACCCCAGCCUUCAAGUCCUGGAUGUAGGUCAUGUCAAGGCUCCUGGUCGCAGGCCAUUUGGAGUCAGGACUAUCUACAACCGAGAUCAAGGCAUUGUUGUCCGCGAUGGCGCACGUCUCUACGCUGAUAUCUUUCGUCCAGCAGACUCUGAACCUGUCCCGUGUAUCUUGCCUUGGAGUCCGUACGGAAAGACAGGCACUGGUCCACAGAAUUACAAGACGAUGGGCCCUUAUAACUGCGGUAUUAAACUUGACCGCACAUCUGGCUACGAGAAAUUUGAAGCGCCUGAUCCAGCAGAGUGGACAGAGCGCGGUUAUAGUGUCAUUAAUAUCGAUGCCCGUGGUGCCGGACAUAGUGAGGGUAUAGUUGCCUUUUGGGGUAACCAAGAGGCUGAGGAUAUUUUUGAUGUUAUUGAUUGGCUUUCUCAUCAGCCAUGGUGUAACGGUUCAGUCGUUAUGGCUGGAAACUCGUGGCUUGCUAUUGCCCAGAUUAAUUUUGCUUCAAGGCUAUCUCAUCCAGCGCUAAAAGCUAUUGCACCGUGGGAGAGUUUCACAGAUCCUUAUCGCCAGUUCAUCGCGAGAGGCGGUCGUCAGCAUAUUCCUAGCUUCCAAAAGUUGAUAAUUGGCGGUUUUGCUGGACCAGAAGGUACAGAGGACAUUGCUGGAAUGUUGGAGCAGUAUCCUCUUUAUAAUCAUUACUGGGAAGCUAAGAGGAUUCCCGUUGAGAAGAUUGAUAUUCCUAUGUAUGUUGUAGCUUCUUACUCAAGCAUGUUACAUACAUACGGAUCCUUUCAGACAUUUCGUCUAGCCAAGACGGAGAGAAAGUGGCUACGAGUUCACCCAUACCAAGAGUGGUUCGACCUCUACCGCCCAGAAAUUAAUGAUGAACUUCAGCGAUAUUUCGAUGCUUAUAGCAAGCCUGGGCCAGCUGUUACUCCUAAAGAUUGGGAGCAGUCGACACCACGUGUUCGACUUUCACUCCUUGGCUUCGAGUCAGACGGAAGUCCCGCAAAGACUAUCCUCGAGAGAGUUGAGGACAGUUAUCCGCUCAAGAGGCAGAAACUCGUGACUCUUUACCUUGAUUCUGAGACAGGAAAGCUCGGCAAAGUCAAAAAGGAUCAGGAGACUAUGAAGUCUUAUAAGGGGAAGAGUAUGACCGAUCAGCUGACUUUUACUACUAAAUUCGAUACUGCAACAGAACUCGCCGGGUAUCCCAAAGCUGUCCUGUACAUGUCGUGCCCAGACAACGAUGACUUUGACGUCGCUGUGCAGAUCCGUAAGAUUGACUCAGAGGACAGACAACUUACCCACCUCAACUAUCCAUGCCCAGUCCCCAUCGACCAGGUCCCCAAUACCAAUAUUGUGAAGACGCUAGGUCCUCAAGGCUUCCUCCGUGCAUCACAUCACGUGUCACUGGAGGGAGGAUCUGUUCCUUCGAAUGAUCUCUCUAGUGAGACCGAUGUGCUAUAUAGCCAUCGGGUUCGGGAGCCUGUUAAACCAGGCUCCGUCGUGCGGUUGGAGAUUCCUAUAUGGCCUAUCGGAAUGGUUUUUGAAGCUGGGGAGGGUAUUGCACUGAACAUAUCAGGUCAUGAUAUGUGUCUACCUGAGACAGAGCUGUGUGCACUUACUGAGCCGGAAGAUGAGAAUGUUGGGCAGCAUUGUUUGCAUACCGGUGGGAAGUAUAAUAGCCACUUGAUUAUUCCUGUUAUCAAGGGCUUUGUGGGAGAAACUGUAAAGCAGAACAACAAGGUUUAA